AUGGACCACAUCCGCAUCGCGCUGCGCAAUUGUCCGCACAUUGUCGAUCUCAGUCUCAUCUGCCUACCAGAACACGGGCUCUUGGUCGACCUUCCUCCCGACGAAACGGUCACCCAGCGCUCCCGGCGCCCCAUUCAUUUCCCACUGCUCAGCACUCUCAGACUUCAAUUUCUAGGCGAAGUCAGCAUACAAGCCACCAUGUCCAUACUCUCUUUCCCCACCUCCGCCUUCGUCGACGUCCUGGAUUAUUUCCAUCCGACUGUUCUACAUCUCCUGGACGGAAAUCCCGCCUGGGCGAAACACGCCUUCUCUCGCAUCACCUCUCUCGUCGCCGAGGACGUAGGCGGAGACAGAGGUCUCACCUCGCUACUCGUGUUAGCCUAUGAUGAACCUGUUUUUCGCCUUAUCUCCCGCCUCGCCCUCGAUCGGCCAACGUUCCUCAUCGCGUUCCAACAAGCGCCGAUCACUAGCCUCCGCCUCAGCAGCAUGUUCCAGGCCGCCGUCGGCGAACAGCGCUGGCACUUCGCGACCAUCCUCCGCGCGUUCCCCGAGCUCCGCGCGCUCGAGCUGUACGGCCCCAUCGUGGGCGUCUUCACGUUGUUUACUGACCACGGUGGGGGUCUCAUGGACGAGUCCUGUCGUGCGCCGGGGGAGGAGCCGCGGAUCGUCUGCCCGCGCCUGGCGCAUCUCAAGCUCACGAUCCUCGUCGACCAGGCGUGUCGCCUGCGCGUGCCGCUCGUCGACGGGCAGCUCGACGCGGCCGCGGCGCACGUCCGCGACGGGUACUUCAAGCCGCUCGCGUACAUCCUCGCGUGCCGGACCAGACUGGGCGCCGCGCGGCUCCAGUCCCUGCAGGUCACCCUCGAGUGGGCGGCGGAGAGGGCGUCGGACGGCGUGGUGGAGCUCGAUGGGGGCGCGUGCGAGGUGCCGGCGGACCUGCGCGGCUGCGUCGACGGACCGGUGGUUGUGGAGGCGACCGGACGGCUUCGGUUCAAGUGA